AGAGAGACGCCUCUUUCUCAGUGCGAUGUCAGGUUCAAUCGGUGGCGGCGGAGUGGGUGUCAGCGGUGGCUUUGGUAGCCGUGGUGAGGAAGGACCGUUCGAGGUGGAAUACCUGAAAAAUUUGCCACCUUGCCACCCUCAUUUAGUUGAAGCUAUUGUAACGCAGAUCAAAAGUCAGGGCCUUUUUGACGAAUUUCGCAAGACGUGCCUCGCCGAUAUUGAUACCAAACCUUCAUAUUUAAACCUAAAGCAACGCGUCGAAGGCUAUGUUAGUGCAUUUCUUAAGCGUCAACAAUGGAGCAGUGUCCUACAAAAGAAUCAACUUCGAGAAACACUUCGCAAAGAUAUCAAUGAAUCAGGUCUUCUAAAGACUGGUCUUGACCAUUUAGUGGAUCAGCUAGUAUUUUCCAGAGUGGAGCGUUUUAUACGGCCAAAAGUGCAAACAGAAAUCGCUGACUUCCUUGGCAUCAGCGAAACACCACCUCAGCCCAUUGCAGCAAGCCACGGAGUGCCAGUUGCUGUACCUCCGCCUAACUUUUCGAUGCCUCCACCAAAUUAUGUUUGUCCGCCGCCAGGGUUACCUCCUUUUCCGCCAGUGCCACCGCCGCCCGACGUGGCUGGUCUCAUGAUGAUGAGCCAAGGCGGGCUAAUGGGAGAUAAUAAUAGGACCAGGCUAGAACACGAAGGGGCAGUUGGCGACCCACGUCCGCCGGAGCCACCUUCACCCCAUGGGAGCGAUUAUUCGGUUGAUAUGUCGGAUUGUAGUAUGGUUGGACGAGACGAGGUGGUCGGUGAUAUAGGAGAUUUUGUCAACUCAUCACGUGCGCCUGUUCCCGGAACGGCCUCGACCAAUGCAGGCAGCAAUCACUACUCCAGGGACUCUUCCCUCACAGGGGUGGGUGAAGAUGAGACAGAAGUUGUCCAAGAAUCAAUGGUACUGUUAAUCGAAGGGGAAGAUAUUUCUAACAGUCCGCUUUCCAAUGACUUCCUUGAGGAUGAUGACCAAACGGAUUCAACUGGAGAUCCAACACAACAACCUCCAGAUAUUAAAAGGGGUGCUAUCAACCCGAGUGAAGUUGAAUCCAACAGUCUAUCAACCACUAUGGUGAUGAUUAAUCAAGACGAGCAGCUAUUUGUAGCUGCGACAAAUCAGGAAACGGUAGAAUCAACUCCAGUUCACAGGGAUCCACCUGUGGCAUCAUCGGCGUCGACGAACGAAGAUGAAGAAUUAGGAAAUGGUAAACGACCUGAUUCGACAUUCGAAGAGCUAUCGGACGGCGGCGAAAGCGUUUUGACGGCAGGUGAGGAGGAAGGUGAAGCUACGCCGGUUGAGGAUGAACCCGAUAAUGAAGUAAUACCCUCAUCUCCACCCUCGAACAGACGAAGCCUCAAUCAAAGGCCGUUUUCACGAAAUGGCGACGAGAGUUGUGGCGAGGCACGGACCGACUUUCGGGGUCUCUUUCCUGUUGGAAACAUGAUUGCUCCUAAACACGAACCAGUUCCUCCUGGGGUGGAUUAUUCCCACGGCGUGAUGCCUCCCAGCCCAUACACUGACGGCAACAAUACAGCAGAUGAUAAUAGCCGAAUGGUUAUUGACGAGGGGACUGUUGCAUCUUCGUUGAUGGUCCAGAAUAAGCUUAUGCAAGAGGAUAACAUGGAGUUAGUAUCAGAUGAGGAGCUUAACGACGUUGAAGGAGAAGGUGACACCGUCGGGAGUGUUACUCCUACAAUCGAUGAACAGGAAGAGCAGGAACUGCAGCAGCCGAAUACGGCGGAAAGCGCAGAAAAUCCUUAUCAUAUGACAGUAGCGACGGUAGCAGCAAGAACAAGGGAUCAAUCCGCAAAAGCGGAUCUAGGUCCGCCAGGCUGUAUAUCAGAUACCACAGAUGCUCGAAGCGAUGUCUGCCGCACGGAGACUGCACUAGAAGGAACAGAAGCGCCGAGACCUGUGGCAGUGGCUGAAUCUAAGACAGUCCCUAAAACCACCCUGUUCUGUGCGGACGCGCCGAAUUCGUUUAGCCCGACUCGAUCUACGCAGUCUCCCUCGCAUAUGAGUGACGGCUCGGUGAAACAUAUCGAGGCUAGAGAGACCACGCCGCAGUUCCCACGUUCGCCUCAAAAAUCGCAAGAGGAGGACGAUAAUAUGAGACCCAAACAACUGCUUUCUCUAAUGCAAAGUAGGACAGACCCUGCUUUGUCAUCACCGGAACAGUCUUCAAGCUCAAGGCCGGUUGAUGUAGAUCUGAUGCCAACGACACCGCCUCGACCACCAUCAGUAGCUCCCCCUAAACAGAAAGCUGAGGGCGGUGCACCCUCCGGACCCCCUUCGCCUACUAUUGAGGGGACGCACGAUGGUUGUUAUAGUACAGUUAGACUGGGUUUUGGCGAGGAAGUUGUCUCAUCCGAGGGUAGCAUAGGCACAGCUACUGAGGAUGAUUGUAGUACCCGAAUUGAGGCAGUCCCUACUACGCAGCCAGCAGACGAAGAUACUCGUCCCCCUGGAACAUCUGAUCUCGAUUCCAACGAAUUUGUUCGAUUAUCUGGUGAAGAACGAGGUGAAACGCCCGUUGAAGACGAACCUUUGUUAGAAGCAACAGAGAUUACGACAGAAAGGACCACCGAGGCUACUGGACACCCAUCUGAACAUGUAGUGGAAUCCAUGGAAUGCGAUCCGCUGGGUGAGUUAGCAGUAAAUGCUAACAUAGUGCCCCUUGACUGUCCUGAUCCUAGUAAUGAGAGCCCUGUCUUUUCUGUACGGUCGCCAAAGAUUGAAAGCGACGUGGAAGAAAAUUUGCAGAAGCGUGCUAGCGUUUUCGAGGCAGAGUCUUUUGUAGCUCAACCAAUGAGUCCCUCAGAAGACAAGGAUGAAAGCGAAGUCCCUGCGCAGGACAUUGACAACGCGGACGAGAAGGCAAGUCAAAAAGAAGAUAGUGACUCGCAGAAAAAGGUAGAGAACUCGAACUAUUUAGGCCACCAUAAAACUGCUAGCAACAGUAGUCGUCAUUCCAGCGAUCGUAGCGUACGACAACCGGGUCACGCGUCAUGUUCGGUGUCACUGCCACCUCGUAGAAAUAGCGGGCACCACAGUGAUAUCAAAGAUAAAGAAAGUAGGGAUAGAAGUGAAAAAAAUGAUGAUAGGAGUAAAAGGCUGAGUAGCAGCAGCAGCAGCAGCAGCAGCAGCAGCGGCGGCAGCGCAGGCGCCGGUAGUGCGGACCACAAGGAAAGGGAGAAGGAAAAAGACAGAGAUGGGGGUCAUCGUUCGCACAGGUCUGAUAGAGACAAGGACAGUAAACGAGACAGUAACAAUAGCGAAAAGGACAAAGAGCGCGAAACAAAUAGUAGGGUCAGAGAUAAAGAUCGAUCAGACAAAGAGAAAGACAAUCGCGAGUCUAAAGAGCUUCGACGAGAUCACAAAGAGGGAAAAAAGCAACGGCAUAACACGUCGUCUUCAUUUUCGUCAAGACCUCACCAUCAUCAUCACGACUCACGGCGAGAAAGCGACCGAAACCGUGGUCGACGACAUCAUGAUGAUGAAAGGGACAGAAAAAGAAGCUCGGAAUUUGAGAAAUAUAAGCACGAAGGAUCGAGUCGUAGGGAGCGUUCAGAAGUGGAGGAUAGCAAAAAUCGAAGUGAUCACUCGAAGGUAUCCAAGACCUCCGUUUCUGAAGGGAAACACUCCCCUACAAACAAGGAAACGCAGGAGUCGAAAUUACAGGACAAGGAUACUAAAACUACCGAUGUGAGCAUUGAAUCCGAGAGAACCGUAGUGACUGCUAGCACUAUUCUGACAACAAAGGAAAAAAACGUUUGCGACAAAACCAUGAAGUCUAGUGAUGACGAAGCGAUUCAUGCUGUAGAUGUCCAGAGUUUACCGUCUAACAACGAUAAACUGAAAGCGUUCCCGCGUACAGCAGACGUUGAGUCAUCCGUACUCACAGAAAAGCAGGGUAACGAGGAGAUGUCGACGAAAAAAGAGCUAUUAAAAGACCAAGAAGAUAAGAGAUUCCAGCUAAAAAUUAACAACGACACUUCGAUAUUGGAUAUAGAAGUUCUCGAAAAUGAAGAUGAUACUGAGGAAAAUGAAGGCAAAAGUGAAAACGACGAAGUAACCAAAACAUCAAAACUUUUCUUAGAAACAACGUCUGAAAGGGAACAGAUAAUAACAGAGACACAGCAGCACGAUCAUGUAAGUAUAAGUACGAUGGAUAACAAAGUUGCACAGAAAAGAGUUAGUGAGCCUUUAGAACAUGACGAAAUAUCGCCAAAGAAGCAAAGAAUCCCUCAAGAAGUGGUUCAUUUCGAUGAAGCAGCAAACGCUACCGAUAGUUCGGAUAACAGGGAGGAUCAACUUGUGAUCAAUGAAACUGAAGAUCAGCCUGAUGACGAUGACGAGUCUCGAGAUUUGGAGAUUGAUCUUGAAGCACCUGCACCGUCAAGAAAGCGACGAAGAAAAACUUCACUUGACACAACAGGAACCGGUGCAGGUCGAUCUAAACGAGGUCGAAAAGCAUCCACUACCUCUCCGGAUAAAGGACGUCCACAACUUCAGGACAAUAACAACGGCGCUUCAAAAGGUGAGUGCAGUCCCGUUCAAGUCCCUGGCGGUCCGGCUAAAAGAGGACGCCGGAGAUCUUCGGCGGCUUCAGGUGGACAAUUGAACCAGCUGGGAGGCCUGCAGAAGGACAGUAAGACAACACCCGCUGAGGAUACACCUCUUCUAGAAGCAACUCCUGAUCCACCAGUGUCGUCCCGUGGUCGCCAGAGGAAAAUUAAUCCGAAAUACAUCGACGAUGGCGAUGUGGCAGCAAUGUUUUACCGGAAGAAGCGAUGAUGAUUUCUUGUGUUUCCAUCCAUAAUUGGAUUAUCGAACAGACAACAGAACAUGCAUAAGCAAUUGUGUUACGCCUUUCCAUCAUGUUCAUAGGCGACCAUCUUUGCGCGGUUAUUAGUUCCCCUCAAAUGACUCCUGUACACCACAUUUCACGCAUUUAAAAUAUUUUGAAAAUUCGUUUGUUUAACACAAAUAAAAUAUAGAAUAAUUGUAUAUACAAAGUAACGUAUAAAGUGUAAGGAAAACAUACGAUAAGAUCUAUUGAUUAAUUACUAAAAAUCGUAUCUUUACUUUGCUUAGAGGUCUCCGAUAAUCCGCUGUAAUUUAUUAUUUUGAACCCUUUGUUCAUUCUUUUUCUGUAUUAUAUAGUAGUGAUGCAUGCUAUCCAUCAUAUUACCAAAAAUCUGUUUGGAUUUUUACGUCCACUGUCGCCAUUAGGCGUUCUAUCAUACGGCUAACGUUCUAUCAGCACUAAACGAAGUUACCCGGGGUAAGUUACCACGGAUCGGCAAACUACCGAAAAAACUACUAUGACGAAAAAGGAUAGGUAAGCAUCAGCUACGAUGGUAGUACUAGUUUUUUUGGCGGUUUCAUCACGUUUUCGCCGUAAAAUCUAACUUUAUCCUAAUAUAUGAUCUUACAUAAGUGUCCGUACAAUUAUCGCUAAGGACUUUGCAUUAAGGCUCAACACAUACAGACGCUGGGUGAUGUUAAAGUAUAGUACCCAACAGCAUACAUGCCAGGCACAGUCAUAUUUCGAAUGAUUUGCGAACUUUCUGGGUGUAUUAAAGUAAUCGCUCUUGGCUACUCGAUAUAAUUGAAAAGCUUGCUUUCUGAAAACUUCA